AUGGAGAUGCUGACCGGCAGCUACUCACAUUCAGACGCUGCAGUCCCCUCUUCUGCGCCCUUCCCGCUCUUCCGAAACGAAGGAGGAGGUGGGACCACUGAUGUUGAGCCCCCAACAGGCCGGUCGGUGUUUCUUGAAUCGCCGCUAUUUCGGCAUGCGCCUUCGGAGUUGAAGACGCUGCAUAGUGGUGCAUACACUGUCACGUCGAUGAAGGCGUUAAUUUUGCUUGAAGUUUUGCUCCUUACGUUCGUCGUUUUUCAGUGCUUCCGCUGGUUAGCAGAAGGAGCAGGACGCGUAAUAAGGCGCGUAGCUGAUGAAGGAGAAUUUUUGCCGCCAUGCGGUUCCCAUCACAGCUCAAACACGGACAUGUUGGAAGCGUACAGUGACAGUAGUGCCAUGGAUGCAGCUGGGAGAAGUCAAGUUGAGGAGGCCCCUUCCGCGCUCUCCAACCCUGCGGAAACAUUGCAAGCUCCUGGAUGGCCGAGUGGCGGGGUUUACAUGCGUCCGCGUGAGGGUGACGAAGUGGAUGCUUCCCAGCAGGAAGGGGCUGCUGCUGGUGUGUUGGAAGCCGGCACCUCCGCUGCGGUCCCGGGUCACAGACUGCGCUCGGGCUUGACACCUUGGUAUAGACGGUCCCAAUUCCACAACCUCUACAGACUUCAGCCAUCUCUGUUCAACCUUUCUGAAGAGGACCAGGCUCUCACGGAAGCCUUGAAGACUUUAGUGGACCUGGCACGUAUGAUGGAAGCUGUUUUGGAAGUCUUAGAGAGUGAAGACGCUAUUCGUCUUUGCGCAGCAGUGCUAGAGCUUGCGGCUGUUGAAUUGUCAUGCAUGACUGUGCUUAUUCACACAAGUCAAGCACACAUGAUUAACGCAGCCAUUCAGGCAUUCUUACAAAGCAGUGACCUUGAGGAAUGGUUGGAAGGUGAAUGCAUUCGUGGAUGUCUCACAGCGACUACACGUCAUCAUUUUUCAUUGGCGCGAGCGCUACUCUCAGCACAGCUCCUGCCGCCCCCACGUCUUGGUUCCACUGAGGAGGAGGCAGCAUUGCAAUUGGCGAGUCUCAUCCGUGGAACGAAAGCCGCAGGAACUCUUGCCUAUCUCUUGGCUCACUCGUUGGUUCAAAGCACUGGAGGCGGACGCCAUAGACCGGCUCGUUCUCUUGUGGAUACCUGUGUAGCUACUCUAGAAAAACUGGUGGAGUGCCGGGUGCAGCACGUAAUGACAUGUCCCGUGACUUCACACCGACUGGUUAGGUACCACGAGUUAAUAUUGAACAAUUCUGAUCCGUUCACAACCGAAUACCCUGUUGGCCAACCGCUGGUGUUGCUGGAUUCUGCAGACGCAUGUCGAAGCGUUGACCUGCUAUUUUCGAGUAUGGGCAGCUUUUUCAUACAAGCUCAAUCCCAUGCUGAUUCCAGACCCCAGUAA